AUGCCUUUCAAGCCUUUUGCCCAUCUCGCUCGUGUUAGCUUUGCAAAGGGAAUCGCCCACACUUAUGCUCCUUCGGUCGUUGCUGCUGGUCAGUCCCUAGGACAAUUUCAAAAUUACCCCGUCGCCAAAUUCUCAAAGACCGCGCAUCUUCAAAAUGCCUUCUCAAGCCCUUCGGGUUCGGGUGCCGGAGCCAAGGCAGGACACAGUUCUCAGUCUUCUGGCGGAGAUGCUGGAUUAGCCCAAUAUUACGCAGCCUGGCAGCACGCGCAACAAACCGGGGAUGACUCAGAAUGGAAGCAGCAUCAGUUCGCGAGAAGAAUAGGUUGGAAACAACAGGACAAGAUCGUCUCCUCGACACCCCAGCGAUCCGAGUCGCGCGCUGUCGGUAUCCUUCGACCAACUGUUCGGCUACCAGUCUCGCGUGUGGAUAGUGGGCGCGCCACUCCGCAGAUUGAAGACGUGGUAGAGGAUUCGGUGGAAGUUGAAGAAUCAUGGGUCAAGCAGGACGAGAAGGAGGCUCAAGCCCGCGAUGCACCGUUACAGCUGGCGGAGACCACCGGGCGUGACGAGGAGGCGGGCGGUCCUGUUCGCAGCUCAAGCCCGGCGACUUCGACAGUCCGCGAGACAAGCACCGACCUCGAAUCCUCUUCCUACACCCAAGAACACUCGACUGCCCCAACUGACAUCGCUUCUUCUGUUUCCGACGAACCCACGCUCUCAGAUCAGAUCGUUCUGUUAGGCCAGCAACAACGAUAUGCCGAGAUUCCUGCCCUCUUUGAAACGAUCAUCAAGGAGGGACACGUGCCGAGCGUCGACGCAUAUAACCAUAUCUUGAUCUCGGCCAUCAAUCUGAGUACGGGCUACCAGCCAUGGCCCAGAGCUCUCGAGGUCUAUGGUGACAUGACCAAACGUGCGGUCGAACUCAAUGCCGCCUCUUACUCCAUCCUUCUGCGGUUCCUGGCUGCGAGAAGUCUAGAGGCGUACCAAGUCCAGAAACAUCUUGGUCAACGAGCAGCACGAUAUGGAAGUGAUGGUGCUUUGGUGUUCCCCUCAGCCACCAGACAGCAACAGCUUUAUGCUGCCGACACCUCGCUGGCCUUCGCCACCAAACUUUACAACAUUGCCCGUGCUACCGUGCAAGACUUCCAGCUUUCCACCUCGGUCUACAAUGCACUUGUCAAGGCCUGUGCCCAAGCCGGCUUGGUUGAUCAUAUGAACAACCUGCUGGCUGACAUGGAUACCCAAGGAAUUCAGCUUGAACAUCGACUCUACACUGUUGUCAUCGAUGCUCAGGCUUCAAAGCAAGACAUCCAUGCCGCCCAAGCCUUGUACGAAGAGUACCGCGACUUGGCCAUCAAGAGAGCCGCCAAUGAUCCAUUGGAUAUGCAGGUGUAUGCCUCAUUGAUCAAGGCAUAUUAUGCAUGUGGGCUUGCCGAGAGUGGUCUUCAUUUCUAUGAAAAGAUUCUGCAAUCUUUCCAGGGUUCGGCGAAUGAGCAGGCUCUUGCUGAGGCCUUGACGAGCGCCUUCAUUCUGAAUGGUCUUGUGAGAUACCACCUCGAUCAGGGUUCUUACGCCACCGCGGCUUCAAGUAUCAAUGGAUACACGUUGUCGCCUUUGGUUCGUGAUCAAGCUUUGUCCCUGAUCUCGACGGCUGCUGCAGAUGCCGACAGUGUGACUGAAGCUAUAGAAUGCUUCGAUGCCAUCACGCUGUCGAAUCUGAAAGCGGAACCCGCCAUGGCCGUCGCCGCGAUGUACAUUCGUGCCGGAGAUGUCGCUCAAGCAAAGUCAACCUGGAACAAGGCGCGCUCGCUUCCGAUCGUCCCAACCACGGAUUUCACGACGAUGUAUGCUUUGGCCCUCAUCAACGCUGGUUCGGUUGAAGAAGGCAUCUCGGAAGCACGGUCCAUGUUUCAACACAUUCGAGCCGGAGCCAAUAGCGAGGUCACUCGCCAGCUCGCCGUUGCAGAGAUUGACGAAGCCAUAGUCCUAUUUGGUGAAGCUUUCUCUCAACAGCAGGCUGUGGUCUCUGCGCCUACAAGCAUUUCUUUGUUGAGAGCGAUGAUUGAGAAUGGUGGGCUGGUCUCGCCGGUUGCUCAGCACGCUAUUGCAAGCCUCGGACCCGAGUGCGUGCAUCAGCUCAACGCACAGGACAUUGCACUGGCUCUUCAUGUUCAGGCACAGAUGUUGCUGUCUCAUGAGAGUCUCGACAUUGCCCACAUGGCACGAUUCUCUCAUCUCCUUGAGACAGUCCUCAACCGUGGCAUCCCGAUGGACCCCUCCACCGUGCACGUUGUGAGCGAAUGUCUGCCCAAGGUUGCCGUGGCUCGUCCAGACCUUCUGCAACGUUGGCAACAAUUGCUCAACCCGGCUCCAAUCGCUCCUGUGACUGUGCAACUCCCGGCACCAUUGUCGCCUCAUUCAGUGGUGUUGGAAAACGUGUCUGUUGCUGACGCAUAUGACCCAUACGCCCACACCACAGACUACCGUGCAUCCAAGGCAAUCUCAGAACUGGUCGAGAGCACCAGCGGACGGAUUGAAAAUCAUCUCAACGACGGUCUGACUCGGUUGAGAAAUAUCCGCCGUGCGGGCAGGAAUCUGCAUUAUACCGCCUACGCCAAACUCAUCACUGCUGCGAGCAAAGCCAAACAACCUAGGCUGAUCCACGACAUCUUGGCUAUGGCACAAGCUGAUGUACCUAUUUCUUUGCAAAUUCCAUCCGUGCGUGCCGGCUGGAUCUCCAUUCUGGAUUCGAUUGUUGCGGCAUGUUUGACUGUUGGUGAUCGUGAGCUAGCUGCGAAGUAUCAUCAAGAGCUCUUGGAUAUGGGCGCCGCUCCUUCGGCCAAUACCUUCGGCAUCUACAUCACGACUCUUGAGGGGACUUUCGACGAGGCUACCGAAGCCGUCAAGAUUUUCCAACGUGCAUUGUCCGAGGGAGUCACUCCGAGUGUCUUCCUCUACAAUGCGGUGAUCGGCAAGCUCGGCAAGGCUCGACGCAUCGACGACUGUCUUCGAUACUUCGGCGAUAUGGAAGGUCGCGGGAUUCGUCCGUCUUCCGUCACAUAUGGCACGCUGGUCAACGCCCUCUGCCGCACAAGUGAAGAGCGUUUCGCCGUGGACAUGUUUGACGAAAUGGAGGCCGCGCCCAACUAUCGACCUCGGCCUGCCCCGUACAACUCCAUCAUUCAAUACUUCCUCAACACCAAGCGUGAUCGGAGCAAAGUUCUACGAUACUACGAGCGGAUGAAGUCCAAGAACAUCAAGCCCACUUCUCACACCUACAAACUUCUGAUCGAGUCAUUCGCAACUCUUGAGCCGGUCAACUUUGCCGCAGCUGAAGGCAUUCUUUCGGAAAUGAAGAAGGCCGGUGUCCAACCCGAGGCAGUUCACUACGGUUCAUUGAUCCAUGCCAAGGGCUGUGUGAUGCACGACUUGCCUGCGGCCAAGGCGAUUUUCGACUCUGUGCUGCACGUAGAGCAUAUUCGACCAACCGACACGCUGUACCAGAACCUUUUGGAAGCGAUGGUAGCCAACCACGAAGUCAUCAACACUCCUGAGGUGCUUUCCGAUAUGGCUCGUCGUGGAGUUUCCAUGACCCCGUACAUUGCCAACACCCUGAUUCAUGGUUGGGCUGGAGAAGGCGACGUUUCCAAGGCUAAGGAGAUCUACAACCAACUCGGUGCGGCCAAACGCGAACCCAGCACCUACGAGGCAAUGACGCGGGCUUUCCUGUCUGCAGAAGACCGUGCCGGCGCAAAUGCGGUCGUUCAGGAAAUGCUCACAAAGGGAUAUCCGGCCGCAGUUACCGAAAAGGUUCUUGCGCUGGUGGGAGGAACGACUGUCUGA